AACUAAGUUCAAUUUUGAUUAAAUUCGUAGCAUGAUAAUGUUGAGAUAAGAAAUAAUAUUAUCCCACUACGCAGAGUUUAUUAUUGUCUGAUACGCCGACCGGGUUGUAAAUCGUAUCGCUAGCGCUGUCAAAAGUCGUCUAGCACAAGUUACUUUAAGAAAAUCAAUUCAGGUUUCCCCAAAGUUAAGCAGAAGUAUGGUGACUGACGGGAAUACUAUAUUAGCCGAAAGUUUAAAGAAACAGGGUGUAGAAUAUGUAUUUGGUAUUGUGGGUAUACCCGUAAUAGAGACCGCAAUGGCGUUCCAAAUGGCGGGGCUCAAGUAUAUUGGAAUGCGCAAUGAACAGGCUGCCGCUUAUGCUGCACAGGCUAUUGGAUAUCUCACAGGAAAGCCAGGAGUAUGUCUGGCGGUGUCCGGUCCAGGACUGCUGCACUGUGUCGGUGGCAUGGCCAACGCACAGGUGAAUGCGUGGCCGAUGCUGGUCAUUGCUGGCUCCUGUGCAGAGGACCAUGAGGGCAUUGGAGGAUUCCAGGAGUGGCCACAGGUAGACUCGUCGCGGCUGUACUGCAAGUACGUAGCGCGGCCGCCGUCGGCGCGCCUCAUCCCGCUGCACGUGGAGAAGGCCGUGCGCCUCGCCAGCGCCGGCCGGCCCGGCGCCGCCUACCUCGACAUGCCCGGCACGCUGCUGCUGAGCGAAGUUGAAGAAGAAAAAGUACCCGAACUCUACAACGCAGAUCCCGUCAAGCUAGCCCACCCCGACCCGGCGUUAGUAGCUCGCGCGGCCGAGUUACUCGCCAAAGCUGAGCGACCUCUGGUCAUCGUAGGCAAGGGAGCCGCCUACGCCCGAGCUGAGAACGCGCUACGAAAACUUGUGGCUGACACCGGGCUACCCUUCCUGCCUACUCCCAUGGGUAAAGGCGUAGUGCCGGACACCUCCGCGCAGUGCGUGUCCACCGCUCGCACACAAGCUCUUCUCAAAGCUGACGUCAUACUACUGCUCGGCGCGCGGCUCAACUGGAUGCUGCACUUCGGCCAAACCCCACGCUUCGACCCCAAAGUCAAAAUCAUUCAGGUGGACAUCAGCCCUGAAGAGUUCCACAACAGCGUGAAAUCAGAAGUGGCAGUGCACUCGGACAUCCAGCCGUUCGUGGAAGCGCUGUCGGCUAAACUGAAAGAGAAGAAGUGCUCGCUGUCUCCCUCGCACGCCUGGUGGCAGGCUCUUGCACAGAAGCAAAAGGCUAACACGGAGUUCGUCGCGGCUCAAGCCAACGACGUGUCAACUCCACUAAACUACUUCGCGGUGUUCAAGGCGGUACAAGAAGCCAUUCCCAAAGACUCCAUCAUCGUCAGCGAGGGCGCCAAUACGAUGGACAUCGGGCGAGGCCUGCUGCUCAACGACUUGCCGCGGCAUCGUCUCGAUGCUGGCACCUUCGGCACCAUGGGGGUGGGCCCCGGGUUCGCGGUGGCGGCGGCGCAGUGGUGCCGCGACCACUCGCCCGGCAAGCGCGUCGUCUGCGUCGAGGGUGACUCCGCCUUCGGCUUCUCGGGAAUGGAAAUCGAGACGAUGUUCCGCUACAAGCUGCCCGUGAUCAUCAUCAUCGUCAACAAUAACGGUAUCUACAGCGGCUUCGACAAGGAGGUCAUGGCCGACAUCCAGUCUGGCGGCGACCCCGCGCAGACCACUCCGCCGACCGCGCUCAGCGUGCAAGUCCGCUACGAGAAGAUGAUGGAGAUGUUCGGCGAGACGGGCCACCUGUGCCGGACCGUGCCGGAGAUCCAGCAGGCCAUCAAGGCCGCCGCCGCCGUCACCGACCGGCCCAGCAUCAUCAACAUACUCAUCAACCCCGCCAGCAGCAGGAAACCGCAGGCCUUCAACUGGCUUACGGAGUCUAAGCUGUAAACGUUCGAGGAAGACUGAUAACUAACAUACCUGCUGUAAUAGGCACAAAGACCCAUUGAUUGUACUAUACAUAUGUUACGUCUAAGAAAUAAAAAACCGGCAAAGUGCGAGUCUGACUCGCGCACGAAGGGUUCCGUACCAUUACGCAAAAAAGGGCAAAAAAAUCACGUUGUAUGAGAGCCCCAUUUAAAUAUUUAUUAUAUUCUGUUUUUAGUAUUUGUUGUUAUAGCGGCAACAGCAAUACGUCAUCUGUGAAAAUUUCAACUGCCUAGAUAUCACGGUUCAUGAGAUACAGGCGUGACAGACAGACAGACGGACAGCGGAGUCUUAGUAAUAGGGUCCCGUUUUUACCCUUGGGUACGGAACCCUAAAAAUCGUGCCCACCAAGCUCCGCAAAUUUUUCUUA